AACCUGAGUCAUGGAGAGAAAACAUUCGAAGUCAAAUAGAGGAAGAACUAGAACAAAGAGUAAGAGAUGCACUAGAAACACCACCAUUGGAACGGAUAAGACGGAAUAGAGAAAGAGCCAGAUUACGGUAUCAAGAAAGACUUUCACAAGAUUUUGCCCCGAAUGUGACCUUAUCUCUUGAUAAGUGUCGUGAGUACUCUGAGAAAAGGCCUCAUCAAAUUAGAGACAUUUUACAAAGCCAAGUUCAUUUUGCAGAUGAUAGUUCAAUAUCAUAUGGCAGUGCUUCAAAUGAGGAGGAUAGAAAGAGAUUUCAGCGAUACAUUCACAGGAACUCGUAUUAUGCAUCUGAAAAACAGAAUAAAGAUGGCAGCAUGAGGCAUGAUCAAAAUGGCAAUUUUGACAGUAUGAAGGAUAAGUAUCAAAAUAAUCGUGUUGUCAACGGAAACCUUGAUGACACGAGUAGCGAUGAUGAUGAUGGAGCAGGAAUCAACCCAACUCAAAAGGAAUACGAUUUGACAGAGCGUGCAAUAAGAAAUGAAGUUUUCGGUCGAUAUACAAGACCUGGGUUUCGUAAUGCUAUAAAGCGAGGCAAGGUGCGUGACGGCUCAAGGUUGAAACAAUUGAAAGAUGGAAAGUAUAUUGACAGUAAUGAUGUUAUCUUGACUCUUGAUGGACCAUUUUGGCCACCAGAACACGGACCGUUAUUUCCUAAACCGGUGCAUAUUGAGUGUGAUCAAGAAAAGAUGGAACCAUUGUCUGAUGAUGUUCCCAGUCAUGGUCAAACUAUUCAUAAUCAGAAAACUACAUUUACACGGCGAUGGGAUAAAGUUAUAUCAGUAUUUGAUUCAGAGAGAACCACUAAAGGUAGUCUACCACAUGAUGUGCCUGAAGGAUGUGCACCAAGUUUGAUGUUUGAGUCAAGAUUUGAAUCGGGUAAUCUUAGACAAGCAAGAAGAAUAGGACAGUUUGAGUAUGAGCUAGUACUGAAGACAGAUUUAUACACAAAUAGACACACACAGUGGUUUUAUUUUAGAGUACAACGUAUGCGUCCUGGAGUCACCUAUAAAUUUAAUAUUGUCAAUUUACUUAAGAGGGAUAGUUUAUACAACCAUGGUAUGAGACCAUUAUUGUAUUCAGAGAAAGUAGCACAAGACAAGAGUGUUGGUUGGCUAAGAUCUGGACAUCAUAUAAGUUACUCACGCAAUUAUAAUUUAACAAGAAACCCAUUACUACAUUCUGAAAUGGUGUAUUAUGUCCUAGAAUGGCAAAUGGAGUUUCCAGCUGAACACGACACCUGUUAUCUUGCCCAUUGUUACCCGUAUACAUUUACUGAUCUCAAAGAACAUAUAGAAUGUCUUGUAUCAAAUCCACAUAAAAAGAAAUAUAUCAAAAAAGAAGUUAUGUGUGAAACUAAAGCUGGUAAUAGCUGCUUUCUUUUGACCAUCACUUCACCUGAAGAUAAAAAUCGUGAUGAGCAAAAAAAAGGAGUUGUUGUAUCAGCACGAGUGCAUCCUGGUGAGACAAACUCAAGCUGGAUGAUGAAAGGAUUACUGGAAUUCCUAACUAGUAAUGAUACUAGUGCCAAGGAAUUGAGAAGAAAUUUUGUAUUUAAGAUAGUACCAAUGCUGAAUCCUGACGGUGUGAUAGUAGGCAAUUAUAGAUGCUCUUUGGCUGCCAGAGAUCUCAAUAGGAACUAUCGACAUCCAAAGAAAGAGUCUUUUCCAACAAUAUGGCAUACGAAGUCAAUGUUAGAAGACUUUGCAAAACAACAUGAGAUGGUUGUUUACUGUGAUUUACAUGGUCAUAGUCGUAAACACAAUGUAUUUAUUUAUGGCUGUAACUCUGGAAUGAAAGGAGAAGGUGGCGCUGCUUCAUUUUUACAGGAUAGACUAUUCCCAUGGAUGAUGUCAGUCAAGGCACCCGAUAAGUUUUCCUUCAGAGGAUGUAAAUUUCAAGUGAAGAAAUGCAAAGAAUCUACGGGUAGAGUUGUUAUGUGGAGACAGCUUGGUAUCAGUAAUAGCUUUACAAUGGAAGCAACAUUCUGUGGUAGCAAAAACCUACUAAGUGCUGAACCCCCACGUCAUUUUACCAGUAAGGAUUUUGAAUCAAUGGGUAAACACUUCUGUGAGGUUGUAUUGGACUAUACCAAGGCAAAGGAAAACAAGAGUCUUUACUCAGAAUUAAUAUUAGAAUUGACAAGACAGCUGACUCAUCAGAUAUUAGAGAAGAGAGGCAUGUUGCCGCCCUCUAUGCCAGAUUUCUCUUCCAGGUUGAGUGAUUCUGAUAGUGAUAAUGAAAAACGAGGAAAAAAUGUAAAACAAGAGAAACAAGAUGACAACAGUAAGACAAGGCAGCCACCUAGAGCUAUCUUACCAAAGAAUUUACUGGAUUUUGGCAGUAAACAGUCUGCUAUACAGAUGCUGGAUGAUAUGUCGGCUGAAACCAUUGAUAGUUGUAUUAGGAUAUUGGAGGAUUUGGAUAUCACUAAAGCAUUUAAUGAAUCUGAUUCCAGCGACAGUGACAGUGAACCAGAACCGGAAUUACCUCCUGAACCGGAUGAUGACACCGAAAAGAAACAUAAAAAGAAGAAAAAGAAAAAGAAGAGAUCAAAGAGUGUACCUGAUGGUAGCCAUGAAUCAACUCCUGCUUCAUUACAUCAUGUACAACCUACAACGUUGCCGGAAGUCACUGGAGCAGAGGCUGAGAGACAGAAAAAGAAGCAGGCUGGCCAACUUGGUAAAUGUGUUAACAUGGUAAAGAAGUAUCCAGUGUUUGUGAAUAAGUAUCAGCGGCGAAGUAAUAAUGGUAUACCUAUGUUUGCUCAGGAAAGACUGGACGAAAGAGCCACUAAGAGAAUGGAGGAAAUGAAAAAACUACUUCAGGACAAACAGGAGAAGGAAGCAGCAGGAGUUAAGUUUUCAGACGAGACUCAGCUGCGGCGAUUAUUGGCAUUAACAAAAUCGUUACAGGAGGAAGAAUACAACAUACGCAAGUUUAAAUUAGAUGAGGGUAGUAACAGUGCUGCCAUGGCAACGUUUAAACAUGGAUAUACACAUGCAGGUCUGAAUGUAAGAGGACCUCCAACACUGUUAGAAUAUCAAGAACAGAAUGGAGAUAGCAGUGAUGAUACAUGUCAACAUCAACAGUCUCCUCCACCGAGCCAAUCACUGCCACCCCAACCACACGCUGCUAUCAAAUCACCAUAUAACCUGUUACCAAGCCAACAACCGCAGGCAAACUCCCCACCCACAGGACGUUGCUUUCGCCCAUCUAAAAAUGACAGUUUUCGGGAAAAGAACACUGACAAGUCAAGACCAUAUUUGUCAAGUACUUUGAAGAGUACAGAUCAGCCAUACAUGACUAUGCAACAUAACAAUGUGUAUUUACGUACAGGUGCUGGUAGUGUUCAGUAUGCUAAUAGGAAACCAGUCAGUGCCGAUGUGUUCAGUAGCAAUGCAGUACCACGAUUGAAAACCUCACAUAGUGAAAGUACUGCCCUCAGUAAGAAAUCCACUAGUUAUGACUCACAUCAACCACACUACGUCACUACUCUUGAAGAGAGUUCUAAAUCUCUUGCCAAGAAGCUGGACGGCCCUCUAGAGCUAAAUGAUUCACUAACACCAGCAUACACUGAUGUAUUGCUAGAACGGUUACGGAUGCAUAAUCAGAGUAUGGUAAGUGAUAUACCACUAAGACCACUGCCUCCACAACUUCCUCUACCACUAUUAUUACCACCUCUGUCCUCGCCCACUGGAGAUACUGAUCAUCAGAAGAGCUGUACUUCCUCUAUGUUGACUGAUUUGUCUGAGUUUUGGAGACAAAUCAAGCCUGG